CUCGGGGACCAGCCUUUCCUUGUCGCAGUUAUGCCUGUGUUUUGGAAAGUCCAACUAUGGGCUUGUGUCUACAUUGUUGUUGCCGCUCAGGGGCAAGGAGCUCUGCUUGUUUCCCACAGAGAUGCUCUUGUAGAGAUGGUCGAGGUGCACACUUUCAGAGUUGACUGUGUGGUGACGUCUCGUUUCGCUCACACCGUUAUGACCUCCAAGGCUCAGAACAAAGCCAAUAUCUCGCGAGAAAUCGUCUUCGAAGUGGCGUUUCCAAAGAUGUCCUUCAUCACCAACUUCACCAUCGAAAUGGAUAGUCAAGUUUAUGUUGGAGAGGUGAAGGAGAAAGAGAAAGCCAAAGAGGAGUAUGAGAAGGCGGUUUCUUCAGGAAAGACUGCUGGACUGGUCAAGGCAUCUGGCAGACAGAUGGAGCUGUUUUCAGUGUCUGUCAACAUUGCAGCGGAAAGUAACAUCAUUUUUGUUUUGACCUACGAGGAGCUCCUUCAGAGGAAACGGGGCGAGUAUGAGAUUCUGACCCGAGUGAAACCCAAACAACCGGUCCGAGACUUUCAGAUCUCAGUCCGCAUAUUUGAACCUCAGGGCCUGACUUCAGUGGAUGCGACAGCAACGUUUUUCACCAAUCAGCUUCUCCCUCUGGUGGACAAAACUGUCACAGACUCAAAGGCCUACAUUACUUUUUCACCAACAAUGGAACAACAGAGGCUCUGUCCCUCAUGUGACGGCACUCGAAUUGAGGGAGAUUUUAUUGUCAAGUAUGAUGUCAAAAGAGAAGCGAGCCUUGGGGAACUCCAGGUGGUAAACGGCUACUUUGUGCACUUCUUCUCUCCUCCUGACUUGCCCACAGUCCCCAAAAAUGUCAUAUUCGUGGUUGACAGGAGUGGCUCAAUGAGUGGAAAAAAGAUCAAACAGACCCGAGAAGCCUUGGCAGCCGUUCUGAAGGACCUCCACGAGGACGACCAUUUCACCGUCAUCCUGUUUGAUUCCCAGAUUGUCACUUGGAAGGACUCGGUCCUGAAAGCAACAAAAGAGAACGUGACAGAUGCCAUUGCCUACAUUAGGAAACUCAAGGAGAGGGGGGCAACUGAUAUCAACGGUGCCCUGUUGAAAGCAGUGACGUUGCUGAUGAAGGAAAGAAAACACAAACGGCUUCCUGAGAGGAGUGUGGAUAUGAUUAUUCUGUUGACUGAUGGGAUGCCAAACCACGGGGUGUACGACCUCAAAACAAUCCAGGAAAACGUACGGCGGGCCAUUGGUGGAAACAUGUCCCUGUUCUGUCUUGGAUUUGGAAAUGACGUGGAUUACUCCUUUCUGGAUGUGAUGAGCAAACAAAAUAAAGGGCUGGCCCGCAGAAUCUUUGAGGCCUCGGAUGCAGCUCUUCAACUCCAAGGUUUCUACGAAGAAGUGUCCAGUCCACUGCUCUUCGAGAUCGACAUGCGUUAUCCCGGCAGUGCCGUUGACUUCCUGACCAAAAAUCACCACGGGCAUUUGUUCAACGGCUCUGAGAUUGUGGUGGCUGGUCGGUUGGACGACAGCCAAGAGCUUGAUAACUUCCUUGUGGGCGUGGUUGCCCAGGGGCCAAAGAUGGAUUUCCGAGUGCAGGGGAAGGCCAGAGUGGCAGACUGGAAUGUAAUCUAUCCAGAAGACAAGUACAUCUUUGGGGACUUCGUAGAGCGUCUAUGGGCUUACCUUACCAUUCAGCAGCUACUGGAGAAGAGCCGCAUCGCUAGUCGACAGGAGAAAGACAACUUGACAGCUAGGGCCUUGGAUAUGUCACUGCGCUACAACUUUGUCACCCCUCUCACCUCCAUGGUGGUCACCAAGCCUGAAAGUGAGGACGGACCAGACAGCCCCCUUAUCGCCGAUAAGCUGACAGAAGAUCAACGCCAGAGAGCAGAGAGACAAAGAGGAUCCUCGGCCCGUGCCACAAGACCACACCAUCCAUCAAAUCAUCGACAACAGCGAACGCGUGGUUCCUCUGCUCAUGCUGCAGGUUUACAGCGUCAAUCAAAUGUGGAUGGAGAUCCACAUUUCAUGGUAGAACUGCCAGACCGGGAAGACGCCCUGUGUUUCAACAUCAAUGACCAACCCGGGACUAUCCUCAACCUGGUCAGAGACCCCAAAUCAGGUUUUGUUGUAAAUGGCGAAAUUAUUGGCAAGAAGAAGUUUGUCCCGGAUCAAAAGAUGCACACCUACUUGGGUCGCCUUGGUAUUAGCCACAAGGCGCUGGGAAUAAAGCUGGAGGUCAACACUCAGGACAUCUCUAUGUUUCGGAAAGGAAAACAGCUCAAGAAGAUUCUGUGGACAGAUGUUGCCUCUCUUAAGGACACCGAGAUGGAUCUGCUGCUGACAAAGAACUGCAGCCUCACAGUCACACUGAGGCACUCCGUCCAAUUCAUGGUCAUCAGGCAUAUGAAGGUGUGGAAGAGACGCCACGAUCAGCAGAACUAUUUGGGUUUUUACACUCUGGACAGCCACCAUUUGUCCCACUCAGUUCAUGGACUGCUCGGCCAGUUCUACCAUGGUGUUAAUUUUGAAGUGACAGACCAACAUUCGGGAAAUAUGCAGGAGAAAAGAGAUGUCACCAUGUAUGUGAAGGGACAGACCCUGAAUGUGACCAGACAUUGGCAGAAGGACUUCAGCCAAGACGUGAUGAACGGGGUGAACAUUCCCUGCUGGUUUGUUGACAAUGAUGGAGCCGGUCUCAUUGACGGGCGAGCCUCCGAUUAUAUUGUGUCCAACCUCUUUUAAAUUGUUUUUUUUUUUUUUAAAUUCAAUAUUACGUGUAAUUACUCAGACUCACCAACUAUAAGAAGAUAUAGAUAUAGAAACGUUUUUACUGAAUGUUUUGUUUAGGUGAGACUUUUUUUUAUCUUAGCACUUAUAGACAUAAAAACAUGAAGGUGAUAAGGAAAUCUUCACUCGCUAGAGCUAAAAAAAAAAAAAACACCUAAACACUGUUUUCAUUCUAAAAUGUUAUUUUAGAUGUGCAUUGAAAGUAACUGGUGGAUAAAAAGAUCAAAGAAAUUCUAAUGCUGUAUAUAGUCCAUCUUAAAGGAAGAAUUUGUCAAAAAUAGGAAUGGGAGCACACGUUAAAAGUUAUUAGAUGAGGGUUCAGUGUUUCUUUUAAUGCCAAAAUUAUUCACAGAUUUCACCAAGAAACAAAUCUAUAAAUUAGAACAGUAUUAUCCAAAUUUCUCUCUCGCGCAAACAUUCCAAUGAGCCAGGCUGGAAAACUGACAGCCAAUCAGCGUUUGCUAUGGCUGCAGUGCUUCCUGUUCUGACCCCCCAUUGCUUGUGGAUACGUUUCACCAGCCACUAUCUGGCAUUUUGUGGCCGAUUUUUGUGAAAAAUAAUUACAAACAAACGAAACAAAAAUAGCAUAAUAUACAAUGUUCAAGCCUGUACAUUCGAGCCAGAUUCCACAUAUGCAAAAUUUGAAGUGUUGGAGAGGGUGCGCGGCACUAACCAUCUACAAUAAUCCCAUUAUAUGGACUGCGGAGAUUUAUUUGAUGCUUUUUUCUUUGCGGUGGAUGAUAGUCUCACGUUUUUUUUGUUUUUUUUUUUUUUUUUUUUUGGGCAUGCCGUCCCACAAUCGACCAAAACUGCCUCGAUCAUGAUCGACGCAUUGAGCACCCCUAAUAUACAAUAUAUCUUGCGUGGUGAAUAGCAUUCAAAAAAACGUUCCCUAUAGAAGAUGGCGUUUACGAAGGAUAUCACGAAGGCAUAUGUUGUGGGUGGGUGAGACGGACUGCGCAUGAGUUUAGGUGAGAGGCGAGUGUGAUAGAAAAAGAAAGUUUGAUUAAUGGCGACCGGGAAGUAUUGUGGCUAGGAGCCAAUAAAGCGAGUAUAACAGCGA